CUUGAGGUUCCUAACUAGUCACAUUCCAGUGUGAGAACACCACAGGUACAAGGCUGAUGAAGAGAGAAGUCAGAAAAGAUGAAAAAGAGAGACGGGUGUGAGCAAAAGAGGAGAAAGAAAAACCAGUGAGGGAAAACAAAAACACACCAAUAAGUAGACCAUGAGGGUUCAACUCUACUGGCUGCUGCUGUUGUUGGUCGACUGCUGCGAACGGAUUACAGGGGCAGUGAGUGGCAUCAGUCGAUAUAUAAAGCAUUACGAGGGCUUGUCAUAUGACAGGGAGGAUCUUCACAGGAAACACCUGAGAGCCAGGAGAGCCACACAACCUCAGGAAUACACACUGCAGCUGGACUUCACUGCCUUCCACAGAACUUUCCAUCUACAUUUGAAACGCAAUGCAGCACCAUUUUCAGAAAACUUUACAGUGGUCACUGAAAAUGGUUCCUCAUCAGCAGACCUGUCCCACAUAUAUUCAGGAACACUCGAGGGUGAACGUGGUUCAGCCUGCCAUGGCUCUGUGUUACAGGGUCAGUUUGAGGGUACGAUCCAUACAAACAAUGGGACUUAUCACAUAGAGCCAUUACAUAGAUACACCAGCAGUGAAACAGAUCACCAUUCUAUAAUCUACCAUGAGGACGACAUGGUCCUGCCAUCCAUGAGAACCGGUCCUGAUGGAUUCUGUGGUUCAGAACAUCUAAACCUCCUUGCCCAAAGCCUCACACCCAAUGAGGAGGCACCAGUGAGCAGGUUGAAGAGAACAGUGGAUGAGUCAAAGACCAGCUGCCUACUCCACCUCCAUGCUGACCACCUCUACUACAAGAAGUUCAAGUCUGUUGAAGCUGUUGUGGCUCAGGUCGCCUCCUACAUACGAGCUGUGAAUGACAUCUAUGACAAGGUGGACUUUGAUGGAAUAAAGCUGAUCAACUUCAAAGUGAAAUCCCUCAGAGUGAUGACAGAGGAGGACAAAAACGAUCCUCUCUCUCCUCUGUACAUAGGGCCUGAGAAACUGUUGAGUCUGUACUCUGAGAACAACUGGGGCAACUUCUGUCUGUCCUAUCUUCUCACCAAUAGAGACUACAGCGGAGUGCUGGGGCUCGCCUGGGAGGGCAAGACUGGUAACUGGGGAGGGAUAUGCUCACAGCUGACCACCCUGCGUAAUGGCCAGACGUCCACCCUGAACACAGGUCUAAUCACCAUUCAGAACUAUGGACAGUUCCUGCCUCCUCGACACGUCCAGCUUACCUUCGCCCACGAACUCGGCCACAGUCUGGGAUCUCCGCAUGACGAGGGCUCAAACUGUGGUAACCUCGGCUCCUCUGGCGGUAAGGGCAGGUAUCUGAUGUUCCCUCACGCCACAGACGAGGUGCGUGAAAACAAUGAUAAGUUCUCGCCCUGCAGCAUCAAACACAUCAGCAAGGUCCUGAAACUGAAGAAGGACGACUGCUUUGUGGUCAGUGAUCAGCCCAUUUGUGGAAACCAGAUUGUGGAGGAAGAUGAGCAGUGUGAUGUGGGUCACAAUGAGACAGACCUCUGCUGCUUCAGUGCUAAACAGCCCGUGGGAGUCCAGUGUCACCUGAAGCCCGGUAAAGUCUGCAGCCCAAGCCAGGGCCUCUGCUGCGCUCAGGACUGUGGCUUUAAGCCGGCAGGUCAUAUCUGCGAUGAGGAGACAGACUGUCAGAGAGAGAGCGUGUGCUCAGGCCUCUCGUCGUUCUGCCCCGAGCCGAGCGCCAAGGAAAACCUCACAGUCUGCAGUCAGGGCACACGUGUCUGCCUGAGCGGGGUUUGUACUGAGUCUGUCUGUUUGAAGCACAGCCUGCAGCAGUGCGACUGUCCUGGAGACUCCAUGAAGGAGAAAUGCCACAUGUGCUGCCAGCAGCCCGGUAACCACUAUCCCAUGUAUAAGCCUGAGACGUGUGCCAGCACCACCUCCUCCGUGUUGUCCCGUCACUUCCAGAGAAAGGCUUUGCCAUUGGUCGGUGGGGCUCCAUGCUCAGGGAAUCAGGGAUACUGCGACAAAUUCCAUGUGUGUCGUCUGCUGGAUGCAGACGGCCCAAUUGCAAGACUGAAAAACUCCUUUCUCAAUCUGGAUGACUUUGAUGACAUAGCAGAGUGGAUGAAGGCUUAUUGGUGGGCCAUCCUGCUGGCUAUCCUGACUCUGUCUGGAGUGAUGGGCUGCACCGUCUGCCUCUGUGGACGCAGGCUGGACACCAGCGACGUGGAGUGACACCAGCGACUAUUAAAUCCCUUUUCCUUGCGUGACCUUACUGUCUGUAUUUCAACAAGUGGUGAGGGACUCCUGUGAUUCAUAUCACGUGGAAAACGUUGUUGUUACCAGCUGUGAGGUCAGUUGACCCCCUUAGAGGCCCCAUGGCAUCAAAUACCUGCAAUGAUUUAAAGCCACCUGAUCCUGCAAUGGAGGACUCUGAAAAUUAAAUUUUCAUUGUAUGUUUACAAAGUAGAAAGAGGCUGAUGUCUAAGUUCAAAACAUGAGAGUAAACAUGUGUAUCGCCUCAAAGACCGCUCAUUUAACAUUUAUGGUCUACAGUGGUUCAGGUACUGAACUUAAGUAUUUUUUGAGGUCUUCAUCACUUUGUUUCAAAAGGGAAUUUUCUACUCAUUCCACAAUUUGUAUUCAUGGUUUUUGUAAUUUUUCUGAAAAGUAAAAAGAUGUCUAUGAUUUGAUGUUCUAUCAGAGAAAAUUCUUCAAUGGCUUCAUUGCUGAUGACCAAAGAGUUAAAGUUAUCCAGCGUUUCACAAAAAUGGAAAAAAGAUUAUUUCCUCUCUCAUGAUUUAUCUCACAACACAGAUUUAUUUUGUGAACCCGACCUCUUAGGUUGGAAACCAUUGAGUUUACGUUUAAUUUGUUAAAGUGUUUGGAUCAAACACAUAUUUUGGGCUGAUAAUGAAUUAAAAAAAAUGAAUAAACAACCUUAAGCUUG